AUGCCUUCAACACAGUCGGGACGGAUCGUCAAGUCCCGCAAGGGCAAGCCGAGCACUCCUCACCAAAAGAACCACCGGUGGGAGUCAUUCUCGAGCAAGAUCUCCAAGCUCCAUUCCCUCGAUCCUCUGCGAAAAGUACGGCGACACGACCUCGACGCCGAAGACCUCGAAUCUACCACCUCCUAUCUGAAGAACGGGCUGGACAAAUGGACCGACCUCGAUUACUCCAAGAAUUUCACCUCUUUCAGGAGGGAAGUGCUGAAGUAUUGCGACAGCCUUCCCCAAAUCCUCCACUUCCAGGACCAUAUUAUGGAACUGCUGGCGAAAUACAUCUCUGUACAGGAUCUCGAGUCGCUAGAGUCCAUCCUGGACCUUUUGACUGCAUUCGCCCAUGAUCUAGGCACUCGCUUCGAGAAGCAUUACCCUCGCGCCUUGUCUUUGAUCGUCGACAUUGCGAGCCAGCCUCAAGAUGCUGCUGUUGUGGAGUGGACCUUUGCUUGCCUGGCUUUCCUCUUCAAGUACCUGUCGAAGCUUCUGGUUCCCGACCUCCGCCCGACUUACGAUGCCGUUGCGCCUCUGCUGGGGAAGUCUCGGAAUCCUCCCCACAUAUCCAGGUUCGCUGCUGAAGCUCUGAGCUUUCUUGUGAAGAAGGCUGCGGCACCGGCGCACCGCGACAGUGCCCUUCCCCGAGUCAUCGAACAUGCUCGGCGUGAUCUUACAACCACGAGAGAUAGUAAGAACUUCGGUUUAUAUUAUCAUGGACUGAUGACCAUGUUCGCCGAAGCUGUGAAAGGCCAAGGUUACGGUGUACAUACGACGGGCCCCGAGGUUAUUAAAGCGCUCGUGGCCUCUAUGCCCAACGACGAGUGCAUUUCCGUGGAGCCUGUCACUUGGUCUGAUCUAGUGUGCGGUGUUCUGGUGAGCAUUGUUCAUCAUACGACAGCAGAGACUUUCGGUCCCAUACCAAAAGCGAUCGCGGACACGGCGGCCAAAGAGGAACAUCGCGCCGACUACCUGUUACGAGACUGUUUUUAUAUCAGGUGCCUGGGAACAAUAUCCGGUGUUCGAAAAGGUAGUCGAAUAGAUGACUGGCCACUAGUCCUCAGCUGUCUAUCGCAUUCCUUGCAAGCUAUAUCCAAAGAUCCAAAGACGCUGAGAAGCGUCCAGGCUUCAGUUGUUUGGCAGCAGCUCAUUGCCAAUAUAGCUAUCAUAUGGAAACAAGCGCCGAUGGACUCUGUGAUCCCUUACAUCACAAGCUUCAUUGAUGUUAUUACCCGCGAACCACUGAUGGAGUGGUUUAUCCCGUUUUGUUCAUACUUCUCCGACCUUGACUCCACCAGGUUUCGCAGUCUCUUUCUCAAAUCGUUCCAGAAGUUCGUUGCUAUGCACUGGUCGGAAGGAUGCAACCAAGAUAUGCUCAGUGUAUUUCUGCCUCGAAUGAUCAACUCCGGCGGUCUCCCAUCAGUUAACGAUGCAGAUGACUUCUCGUUGCCGCGAUCAUGGCAAGACCAGAUAGUCGCCAAGUUCGAGCGGUUAGAGGUGUCCCCCUUUCCCGAGCCAGGUGCGACAAUCGCCUGUGACGAAGACCCGAAGACCUGGCGCGACAGGUGCCUACCGAAGUAUUCUGCUCUACUUCGUCUGCUAGAGUCGACCACGAUCCACCCCUCUAUCAUCAAACCUAUUGCAGACUUGUUGCUUAGAAAGCUCAAGCUCGCUCUAAGGCCAUCGCAGUCCCUAGUUACCGAAGAAGCCCGCUUCAUUGUCAGCCAAGGUUUCUCAGCUUACCUACGAAUGAGUAAAGCGUCUGGGGAAAUUGAUACCUCCCUUGCUCCCCUACUGAAAGCGGCCACCCCCCGUUAUUGCCAUCUGACUGGGUUUCUGGAAACCAUGCUCGCUUACGAAGACCAGCUGAAUGUGAAGCAGAGUCCGCAAUAUCAAGGCGACGACAGUGCUGGAGGCGAAAGGGAGGAGGAUCCAUUUCUUCGGUGUCUCAUUGAGAGCCUAUCCGCCCCUUCACACCAUCAUCGCUUAGCUGCUCUGCGACUGUUGAGCAAGCUAGACUCGGCACCGGACGAGCUGGGUUGUCUAGCAAGCAUGCUCCAGAUUGAGGAGACCCCAUUGACCCUUCAGAAUGUCAGGGCUUUGUCUAUGCACAUUCGAAACCUUGCGGCGAACUACGCACGUCUGAGUGAAGCCUCCUGGCUUCUCCAAGCGAUCCCGCCUUUCCUCUUUGGUAUGACGACUGUACGCUUGACGCCUACCUGGGACUCAGCCGUAGAGGCUUUGCAGCAGAUCGGCCAAACCAAAUCGGGAGAGGAAGUGGUAUCUGAUCUAGCAUUCAAGUGGAUAGACGUUCCCUCGAAGCGGUGGGAAGGCUCUCAUACCCAACCCACAACCGCUGCAAAUGCUGGCCAGACUGACUUCGAAUGUUGCAAUCUCAUGGGCCUGCUCAAGCAAGCAGAGGACACGGAAUUAGUGAUAGCCAGUUCCACGGACAUCAUGCUGCGAACAUUCGAAGAGAUCCAAGACCUAGUGCCUGCGACGCCCCCCAAUGCACGCUCACAGGCACUCAAAGUAUUCUCUGCCGCACCAGAGCUUGCGGAGAAGAGGUCUCGGAAACUGGUGCCAUAUUUCUUGUCCUGGAGUGUCGAUUCGGAGGAACAAGAUAUUCAAGGGACUCAAGAUGAAACGUCUGAAGGAAUUUCUGGUUCGUCGUGGUCUCUCUUCGACAAGAAGACUCUUCUUGGAGUAUUCGCCCAAUUCUCGAACCCGAAGGUUCUCUACCAAAGUCGGCAGGUCUACGAUGCUCUACUAGGGCUGCUUGCGAAUGGCGAUGUUGAUAUACAGAAGUCUUGUCUCAAGGCCAUUUCAACGUGGAAACAGGAAGGUAUCAAGCCUUACCAAGAGAAUCUGGAAUAUUUGCUGGACGAAGCGAGAUUCAGAAAUGAACUCACGGUGCUAUUUCAAGGCGAUAACCAGAUUCAACCCGAGCACCGAUCUGAGUUAAUGCCUGUACUGCUACGAUUAUUGUAUGGCAGGACCAUCUCCAAGAAGGGGGUCGCAAGCGGCCGUCAUGGUCUGCAAGCAACCAGGCUGGCGGUUUUGAGGCAACUCAGUGUCGAAGACAUGGGCACGUUCCUAGACAUUGCGCUUGGGAACCUCCGCGGCGUUCGCGUAGUUGAAAACGAGACUAUCUGCGAAAACGCGUUCGAAACCCAGAUCAUGACUGUUCGCAAACAAGUCGGGUUUUUGAACAUGAUGGAAUCCAUGAUCAAUGAGCUUGGGACUGGCGUUCUCGAUUAUGCAGACAGGAUCCUCAAUGCGGUAGUCUACUGUCUCGUGUCGUCUUGUCGGAUGCUGCAACAAACCUCCGAUGACGAGGAUGCCGAAGUUCCAGCACAGAUUUCACUACAUCGGGUAGUUCGUGGUACGGCACUCAAGUGUUUGCUCUCGCUCCUGCGAAACGCACCCGGUUUUGAAUGGACUCCUUUCAAAGACGUCUUCAUUCGAGAAGUCGUGAGCCCACGCCUCGAGAAACUGGCCGUCGAAAACACACAAGGCAUAUCAGGCACUCUUUUGCUACUCUCAACCUUUUCUCAGCUCCCGAAAACUGCACUCUUUCUGGCUAUCGAUGACAGGACUAUCAGGAAAUUGAUGGAGUGUCUAGCAUUCGAGAAGACGAAAGAUGAAGUGAGAAUCUUUGCGUUGAGUAUCGUCCGCAACCUGGUGAAGCUGUCCCAGCAGCCUGCCUCCGAGUCAGAGUUCAAUGAACUCAUCAAAGAAGAUCUACUGGAUCCCAACGUCAACCUCGUUCUAGAAACGAUCGCCCGUGUCCUCAAAUCCGAGGUCGAGAUCGAAAAGGAUCUUCUCAUGGCUUGUGUCGAAACUGUUGUUGAGCUGUCUCCAAUCGUCCAGCAAUCCAGUCACGUCCCAGAUCUUAUAGACGUAUCUGUCUUUCUUCUCGAUCAACCCUCAAGACGGGUCAACCCGAAGAUCAAGAGUAUCAUACUCUCCAUGCUGGAACGAUUUCUGGGCUUGGAUGGGGUAGUCCUCGACCCGGUGUUGAAGGAGCGCAUUUAUUCGACUAUAUCGUCGCUUUACGGCUUUUUCAAGGACAACACUAGCCGGCAAGCUUUGUCAAAUGUCCUUAUCGUGCUGCUUCGUGACCAGUCAGGCGUCCUCGAGGUGCCUACUCUUUGCGCUGAUCUCAACGCCUACAAAGACAAUCGUAUCGACGAGCCCGAUUACGAGAGAAGACUGGCAGCUUUCACCGCGAUCUCGCAACCACGGGAGAUUGCUUUCACUGCCCGAGACUGGGAGCCGUUGAUACAUAACAUGGUGUUCUACAUCAAGCAAGAUGAGGAUUACGGCGUUCUGUCUGCCAAUUCGGCUGAUGUUAUUUGCAGAUUCAUUGACGCUGCUGCUUCUGCCACUGGAGAGGAAGCGGAGAAGUUCCAGGGAAUGCUCUCAAGCAUCCUCAUGCCAGCCAUUCAUUCGAACGCCAAGGAGUCGUCUGAGACAGUAAGGCGGGAGACAGUCAGAGUCCUCGGCUACCUCGUCUCGAGGAUGCCAACAUGGACCCCAGUCUCUGAUCUAGUGCAACUAAGCCCCGACGCAACCGAGAAGGAUUCAGACCCAAGUUUUUUCAGUAACAUUCUGAGCCCUGCUACUGCGAACCAGAUGCGAGCUUUGCAGCUUCUAUCCAAGGCCAAUUACCGCUCACCAUUGAGCAGCCGGAAUCUGGCUCACUUCUUUGUGCCUCUCCUCGAACAUUUCAUCUUCAAUCGUGAAGAAGGUAGUGAUGAUCACGGAGUGGGAGCCCAAGCAGCGACAACCAUCUCUGACUUGGCUAUCUCCUUGGAAUGGCCGCAAUAUCGCGCAAUACUUCGCAGAUACAUCAGCUACGUCGAAUCGAAACCGGAUGCACAGAAGCAAUUGAUCAGACUGGUCGGGAAAUUCGUGGACUCCCUCUCCGCAGCUUCGGAUGAAAAACGUCAAGAUGCCAUGGAGAUCGAUGAUGUACCAGCUGCGAAGAUCCCUCAAAAGCAUCGCCUGCCAAACACAAUGCCUACGGAAGAGAAGUUCAACGAAGAUGUCCUUACUCACAUCUUGCCACCGCUUUUCAAGUACACCCACGACAAGGACGAAACGACAGUCAGCUCCCGUGUGCCCGUCGGCAUCAUCGUCGUGAAGGUAUUGAAGCUACUUCCUGCCGACUCUUUGAAUCAGAAACUCCCAGGGGUGCUGACAGAUAUGUGUCACAUUCUCCGGAGUAAAGAUUGGGAUGCACGAGAAAUGGCACGGGAUACCUUGGCCAAAAUGACUUCACUCCUAGGGCCCUCUUAUUUUGGGUUCGUUCUGAACGAACUGAGAGGGGCACUGGUGACAGGCUACCAACUUCAUGUGCUGUCUUACACGAUGCAUACCAUUCUGGUCGCUGUCAUCCCCCAAUUCCAGCCUGGGGACCUUGAUUACUGCCUCGAGAACAUCGUUGCGGUCAUCAUGGACGACAUAUUUGGGGCCACAGGUCUAGAGAAGGAUGCCGAGGAGUACGUGAGCAAGAUGAAAGAAGUCAAGAGCAGCAAGAGCCAGGAUUCAAUGGAGCUAAUCGCUCGAACUGCAUCAAUCAGCCAUCUGAUUGAACUCGUUCGACCGCUACAGACAUUACUAAUGGAGAAGCUUAAUCUACGUCUGGUACACAAAAUCGACGACUUGCUGACGCGGAUAUCUUCCGGCCUGCUAGGCAAUUCUGCUGCUGAGAGUCGCGACACCUUGGUUUUCUGCUACGAGGUCAUACAAAAAGUGUACGAGAGCGAAAAGCCCCAAGCAGAAACGAGGCUUGACCCGAAACUGAGACGAUAUCUGAUUCAAAAGGGUGCGAAGAAGAGUGGCGACCGAAGCUCGACAAGCAAGCACACGUACAAGCUUGUCCGGUUUGCCGUUGACGUUCUCCGAGCCGUGAUGAAGAAGCAUGAUAGCUUGAGAAACGCAGGCAACAUCACCGGGUUCAUUCCUAUACUCGGCGACGCAGUCAUUAGCGGAGAGGAGGAAGUCAGAAUAGCUACCUUCAAGCUCUUGAUUGUUCUUGUCAAGGUCCCUUUCAAGACUGAUGAUGCGACGAAGCUCUACAAGGUCUCCGCGAAAGAAGCCACAAAGAGCAUUUCCACAUCGACGUCCAUCGAGACAGAUAUUGCGCAGACUGCUGUCAAGCUCAUGUCCGUCAUCAUCAGGGACAGGUGUGAUGUGGUGGUCAAAGAUGCAGCGGUCGAUAUGCUUCUAGGCAAACUGAAAGAUGACCUGACUGAGCCUCUCCAUCGCCAUAUUACGUUCAACUUCUUGCGGUCAGUGCUUGACCGUAAGGUUGAGACUGCUACGGUUUACGACACUCUAGACUACGUCGGCACUGUCAUGAUCACCAACGACGACAAAAACACGAGGGACCUGGCCCGAGGAGCUUUCUUCCAAUUUCUUCGCGACUAUCCACAGAAGAAGAACAGAUGGGCCAAGCAGCUGAGCUUUGUUGUUGCAAAUCUGAAAUACGAGAGGGAGGGAGGACGGCUUUCGGUUAUGGAGGUUAUCCACCUACUACUGAUGAAGUCGGCUGAUGACUUCGUCCAGGAAGCUGCCACGAACUGCUUCAUCCCCUUGGUCUUUGUGUUGGCGAACGACGACAGCGAGAAAUGUCGCCUGGCAGCUAGUGAACUGAUCAAAGAAAUCUUCCGCAAAGCCGACAAGGAACGAGCGUCCAAGUUCCUGACCCUCACACGAAACUGGCUUCAACAGGAUGACAACGCACCUGUGUUGCGGCUUGCGAUCCAAGCCUUCACGUUGUAUUUCGAAGCCAAGGAACCUGCGUCCAGAGACAAAAAAGAUCUGGACCUUCUGCUCGAUGCGAUGGUCAACAUUCUCACCGAUUAUGUGACGUUUUCGAGGGACAUCGAACUGGUUAAUACUGUAUUGAGCACCGUAUUGAUUCUCAUAGAGAAGCAUCCGGCAACGACGUUAGCACAUGGCGAGUUAUGGCGGCUCAUUCCCCAGCCUCUUACCCAUGCGGACACGACUGUGAAGCUAAUGGCAGUGCGUGUGAUCAGCACAUAUCUUGCUGACUUCUACGAUAAUAACAAGCAUGUCGAUCAUGUCCAGACUAUCUCUGGAUCGCACGGUCUUGAGCUUGAUGCGGCUAUGGUCGAGAGACUAAUCAUCGAUUUUGUAACGAUCCUGAAUCCACAAACUGUCUUGCGGUGGAGAAGGAAGGAGGGAAGGAAGAGUAAAUCUGCCACUUCCGACAUCGACGUUCAACCGAAGCAGGCGAUGCGAGAUCCAUCUGAAUUGGAUGAGUCAUUGGCAGCCGAAGCAAGUCGGAUCAUUCUGAUGCUCAGCAAGUUCGUGGAUGCCGGGUCCGAAGAUGUAGAAACAGACGAGGCAGACGACGCCGAAGAUGGAGGGGAAGACGAGGAAGGUGACGACGAGUGGGGCGGCAUCGACGCUGAUGACGCAGAACAUACCCCCAAAAUCACUCUUCACACCCUCUUCACCUGGCUCUCAGAUAUUCUGGUUGAGGAAACCCGCCCCAAAGCCAGCGCGCUGAUACCCAAGAUGGCUGCCUUGGACCUCCUCGCCGCGCUCGCCGGCUCGCUGCCCAAGGCUUCCCUGCAGCCCUCCAUUCGAACGGUCUUAGCACCCCUACACCACCUCACUGAUCCGUCAAUCCCGUCGCCCUUCUCGCUCGACGAGGUCUUCAAGACGCGCCAUGAGGGUCUCAAGACGAAGGCUACCGAGACCAUGGACGCGCUGCAGAAGAAGUUUGGCACCAACGAGUACAUGAUGGAGCUGAUGGCCGUCCGGGACCGUGCUAAGCGGCGUCGCGAGGGUCGGUCGCGCAAGCGCAAGAUCGAGGCCGUGGCCGCGCCGGAGCGCUUCGGCAAGUGGAAGAAGGGUCGGCUCGAGAAGAAGGUCAAGCGGAGGAAGGAGAAGGGGGUCGAGAAUCGGGACAGGAGACGGGAGUACUGA